GUCAACUUUGCGCACAAAAGCACGAACCCCAGUAAAUCCAAAUGAUGCAACCCCUCAUGCCAAUGCUGGGCCGUCCGGCUUCCCGCAUGAUUGUAUCGCAGCGUCUGCGUCACUCCAUCUGGGCUCGAUCAACCUCCUGUUUUACCCUCCCUAGCCAGUGCUCGCGCACCAUUUCGUCUACUUCUACGAUAGUUAGUGCUCUAAACUACCGGUACAAAGUCUCCAUCACUACCUCAAGAUUCCUACACAUACACACAGCGUCCCAAAUUUGUCAGGUCCGGACUAUGGCUACUGAAAAGAUCCCCGACCGGUACAAACUCGUUUUCUUCGUGCCGCACACCCACCUUGACGUCUGCAAGGACGCGAUAUUCGCUACCGGAGCCGGGACUUUCCCCGGCGGAAAAUAUUCCAAGUGCUGUUUUCAAUCCCCAGGCACCGGCCAGUUUUUGCCAGGAGAGGGUGCCAAUCCCGCCAUUGGAUCGGUCGGCGACGUGGAGUAUGUCGACGAAAUGAAAGUGGAGAUCAUGUGCCUGGGGCGGUCGAUUAUGCUGCAGGCCGUGGAGGCUUUGGUGAAGGCUCAUCCGUACGAGGAGGUCGCAUAUGAGGUUUACAAGAUGGAGAAUGUGUAGGCUUGACUGGAAUCGAAUGGCGGAUGCGGAGGUGAUGCGUAAUGGCGGCAUAUCCUGAAAUUGACCUUCGGGGACCCGGAAUAGUGACUGUCAUUAGUUUCAAUCCGAAUGAAUUCGAACAAGAGUUCGAAGACG